AGAGAGAGCUGAUAUUGUUUACUGGGAAAAUGAAAAUAAAUAGUGAGGACUCAAGCACUGGAUGAUUAUAUAAAAGUUCGUUAAAAUGUUCGGGUUAAAAUCUCUAGAAUUUGUAAGCGUUUUGAUUCAUGAUGUUGCAGCGUCCAAGUUUUUGUUGACAAAUAUUCCCGAGAAGGGAUUAUGGCUGCCGACUGGUACGAAAGGCGAAGGGGAGACUCUUCAAAAUGUAGCGCUCCGAAUCGCGAACGAGGUGACAGGUCAGGAUGUUGGAGUGAAGGGGCUAUUAAAGACAACCUUCAUACACUUUGUCAAAUCACCAUCAGUUGUCUUGGUAACAUUCCUGAUGCACCCAGUUGAGAGGCUUGACCUGUGUGCUCAGGAGGCUGUCUGGUUGAGUGAAGAACAAAUAGAAGAUAAGCUGAAAUCUUCAGAACUGUUAGGAACAGAGCUAGUCAAUUUUAUACAGCAAAUACAGAAUGGGCCAGCUUUGAUAAACACCCUUAACGAAACUAAUGUGGAAUAUGUUGACACAGAAUCUGUCACUGAUCUGUCACAACUAUCAGCACAGGAGGCCCUUAUCAAAUCAGCCAAGUUUGGCAAGAAAGAACAAGACCUGUUUUUCCAAGAGUUCAUGAGCUGGUGUCUACCCAGUCAGACGAUGAACUUUGAAGUGUUUCGGGCUUUCAUCACACACAAGGGAGCAAGGGCUGACCUAGUCGAGGAUUUCUUCAGGGCAUUUGACACACACAAACGAAGGAUACUUAACUUUAAAGAAGUAUUACUCGGUCUGGCUGCAAUGGAACCAAGCACACAGCACGGUGGAAUGCCAGCUGAGAUGAGAUGCAGAUACAUUUUCCGGUUUUAUGAUAAAAAUAUGGAUAGUUUCUUACAAUUUUCAGAAUUCAGGGAAAUGGUGCGCGACAUCCGUCAAAUCAAAGGUCUGUCCACAGACGAUGAAGCUGUCUCUGAAGACGCUAUGAAAAGUGCCAAAUGCUUUGGAACAGAAACCAAAAACAAAUUGCCGAUAGGCGAGUUUCUAACAGCUGUGGGCCAGCUUAAAUUCCGAGGAACCUCUGUACUGUUUCGUCUCUCCCAUUCCAGCCUGACUUCCUUAAAGAAUUCCUCAGAUGGAGCCACAAGUGUGUCAUCUCCUGGAAAAGAAGAUGAAACGGAACCACCUUCCAAGAGGUAUCGCCCCAAAUUGAUGGACGCAAUGAAGGUCUCGCCUCCACGCAAACUCAAUAUGACAGAUCCUGAUGCUGACGUGUUCAAAUUGCCAGAAGGUCGACCGGUAAUGUCAGGUAAACAUCAUGGCCCUCAACCGAAAUACGAGUUAGCCACACACACAGUGAAAGUGAGGCGAACUGGCUUCCUGUCGGACGUUAUCAAACUUUGGGACCUUCAAGGUACAACUGCUGUGGCUGAAAGUGCUGUAAGUCAUUUAGAGGGAGACAUAUCCCGCUUCCAACGAAUGUCCUCUAUAGAUUCAUUCAACCAGAUCCAUGUUAAAGUGCCUGGUUAUGCCUCCAACGACAUCCAUGUUAGAGUACCUGGUUACUCCUCCAACCAGAUCUAUGGUAGAGUACCUGGUUACUCCUACAUCCAGAUCCAUGAGUACCUGGUUACUCCUACAUCCAGAUCCAUGCUAGAGUACCUGGUUACUCCUCCAACCUCAUCCAUGUUAGAGUAUCUGGUUACUCCUCCAACCUCAUACAUGUUAGAGUACCUGAUUACUGCUCUAUCCGGAUCCAUGUUAGGUUACCUGGAUACUCCUCCAACUACAUACAUGUUAGAAUACCUGGUUACUCCUCCAACCUCAUCCAUAUUUCAGUACCUGCUUACUCCUCCAUCCAGAUCCAUGUUAAAGUACCUGCUUACUCCUCUAUUCAGAUCCAUGUUAGAGUACCUGGAUACUCCUCCAUCCAGAUACAUAGUACCUGGUUACUCCUCCAUCCAGAUCCAUGUUAGAAAACCUGGUUACUCCUACAUCCAGAUCCAUGUUAGAGUACCUGGUUACUUCUCUAUCCGGAUCCAUGUUAGAGUACCUGGUUACUCAUCAAACCUCAUCCAU